UGGUGUCUGCUGGUGUCUGAUGGUGUCUGCUGGUGUCUGAUGGUGUCUGCUGGUGUCUGCUGGUGUCUGCUGGAGUCUGUUGGAGUCUGCUGGAGUCUGCUGGUGUCUGCUGGUGUCUGAUAAACACUUGUGCUUUUCAGGAGAGCCGCGCUCGUUUGACCCCUCAUUCAGGGGACCAAUCAGGAGAAGGAGCUGCACAGACGUGUUGUGUUGUAUGAUCUUCAUCCUCGUCAUCCUCGCAUACAUUGCUCUGGGGACUGUGGCCUGGCUCCAUGGCGACCCCCGGAAGGUGAUCCACCCUACAGACAGCUACGGACACUUCUGUGGUCAGAAGGGAACACCAAACGCGAACAAAGCCAUCCUGUUCUACUUCAAUAUCCUGAAAUGUGCCAACCCUGCAGUCCUCAUCAACCUGCAGUGUCCCACCACACAGAUGUGUGUGUCCAGGUGUCCAGACAGGUUUGCCACCUACACAGAGAUGCACCUGCAGCAGCACCUGCUGAACAGAGCAUCCUGGGAAUACUACCGCCAGUUCUGUAAACCAGGCUUCAACAACCCCUCCAAGCCUGUCUCUCAGGUGCUCAGGGAUGAGGACUGUCCUUCCAUGAUCUUUCCCAGCAGACCCUUCCUCCAGCGAUGUUUCCCAGACUUCAUCACUCUGAAUGGAACUCUAACCGUGGCCAAUCAGACGGCCUUUAAGGACGCCCUGGACACUGCCCGCAGUGUGACAGAGCUCAGAGAUGCUGCCAAUGGUAUAACAGGGCUGGUCGACACCAGAGAGCUGGGAGUGAAGAUCGUAGAGGACUACGCUAGUUCCUGGAGCUGGAUCCUCAUUGGUCUGGUCAUAGCCCUGGUGGUCAGUCUGGUGUUCAUCCUGCUGCUUCGCUUCACCGCCGGCCUGCUGCUGUGGUUCACCAUCCUCUCUGUCCUCCUGGUGGUCGCCUACGGUAUCUGGCACUGCUACUGGGUGCUGGUGGGUCUGAGAGAGCAGCCUGGAGCGGACGUCACCAUCGUGGACAUCGGCCUGCAGACAGACGUCCACGUCUACCUGCAGCUCAGCCAGACCUGGCUCAUCUUCUUGGUCAGUCUGGGGGUGACUGAGGCCUCCAUGCUGCUGAUGCUGAUCUACCUGAGGAGGAGAGUCCGCGUGGCCGUCGCACUGCUGAGGGAGGCCAGCAAAGCGAUCAGCUACAUCAUGUCAACUCUCUUCUACCCAAUCAUCACCUUCUUCCUCCUCGCUGUCUGCAUCUCCUAUUGGGCCGUCACGGCUGUUUUCCUUGCCUCCUCUGGAGAAGCCAUCUACAAGGUGAUGGCUCCUGAACCCAACUGCAGCUACGCCAACCGCACCUGCAACCCAGAGACUUUCAACAGGACCAACAUCUCCCCGGCGUGCGCGGGCGCCCAGUGCACGUUUGCGUUCUACGGCGGGGAGACGCCGUACCACCGCUACCUGUUCCUGCUGCAGCUGUGCAACCUGCUGGUGUUCCUGUGGCUGGUGAACUUCACCCUGGCCCUGGAGCAGUGCUCUCUGGCUGGGGCCUUCGCCUCCUACUACUGGGCCCGCCGCAAGCCCCACGACAUCCCCCCCUGCCCCCUCUUCUCCUCCUUCAGCAGGGCCAUCAGGUACCACACGGGCUCCCUGGCGUUCGGGGCCCUGCUCCUGGCCGUGGUGCAGCUGGUGCGCGUGCUGCUGGAGUACCUGGACCAGAAGCUGCGUUGCUCCACCAGCGCCCCUGCUCGCUUCCUGCUCUGCUGCCUGAAGUGCUGCUUCUGGUGCCUGGAGCGAUUCAUCCGCUUCCUCAACAGGAACGCAUACAUCAUGGUGGCCAUCUAUGGGAAGAACUUCUGCACAUCAGCCAAAGAUGCCUUCUGUCUGCUGAUGAGGAACGUGGUGAGGGUAGCGGUGCUGGACAGGGUGACAGACUUCCUCCUGUUCCUAGGGAAGGUGCUGAUAUCAGGAGGAGUGGGUGUCAUCGCCUUCUUGUUCUUCACAAAGAAGAUCCCGAUUGUUCAAGAGGAAGUUCCCAGUUUGAACUUCUACUGGGUUCCUCUGCUGACGGUGGUGUUUGGGUCUUACCUGAUCGCUCACGGAUUUUUCAGCGUCUACGCCAUGUGUGUGGACACACUCUUCCUGUGUUUCUGUGAGGACUUGGAGAGGAACGACGGCACCCCAGAGAGGCCUUUCCUCAUGUCAGCUGGCCUGCACAGGAUUCUGGGAAAGACAGACCACAGUCCCAGGAAGUCCAGGGAAUAGCCCCGCCUCUUCUGACCCCUGCACGGCUGCUCCGAUUGGCUGAGAGACUCGAUGAUGCAGCAUGCAUCUGCUCACUAGUAGCUUUGCUCUACAGACACCUCUAACACACUUCAACAUUGACCUGAGCAACAGCACAUUUUACCACAAUCACUGGCACACUUUCUACUGACUAACAACAGCAAACAUACCUCUGUGUGUGUGUGUGUGUGUGUGUGUGUGUGUGUGUGUGUGGUGGUUACAUGAUGGUGUCUACCGUGUAGGUCAGACCUCUUGAUCUGCAGUCAGAUGUAUGUGGCACGUAAUAAGGGCUCUGAUAAUCUGAUGUCUGUAUUAUGAUCCUGUUUUCUAAAUCAAGUUUUACACUCGCUGGAACAAGACUUGUGACGCUCUCCCAAGAUAGCACGCACACACACACACAGUAGCCUCACACACACACACAGUAGCCUCACACACACACCAU